AGCGAGUAUAUAUGCUCAGCGCAGCAAUGGCGAAAGCUAAGUAAUUUAGGAAGAUGUGGUUUUUUAGAAGAAAGGGUCCAUCUGGGUUCUCUGCUUCGUCCACGGCUGAAGAAGUUACUGCAGGGAUCGAUGGAACUGGCCUCACCGCCAUUGUUACAGGUGCUUCAAGUGGAAUUGGGACGGAUACAACCCGUGUGCUUGCCUUACGAGGUGUGCAUGUUGUGAUGGCUGUUAGGAAUGUAGACGGUGGUGCGAAAGUAAAGGAAGAUAUACUGAAACAGAUACCAAAAGCUAAAAUUGAUGUUAUGGAAUUGGAUCUAAGUUCAAUGGCGUCUGUAAGGAAAUUUGCUUCAGAAUUCAAAUCAUCUGCUCUUCCUUUAAACCUUCUGAUCAAUAAUGCAGGUGUAAUGGCUCCUCCAUUCACGCUCUCCAAAGACAAUAUUGAACUACAAUUUGCCACCAAUCAUUUAGGUCAUUUCCUAUUGACAAAUGAGGUGUUGGAGGUCAUGAAGAAGACAGUUCGUGAAAGCCAAAGAGAAGGAAGGAUUGUUAAUGUCUCCUCUGAAGGUCAUAUGUUAAUGUACAAGGAUGGAUUCCAUUUCGAUAAUCUAAAUGACAAAGCAAGUUACAAGACUAUGUAUGCAUAUGGACAAUCUAAGCUUGCCAACAUCUUACAUACAAAUGAACUUGCAAGACGCAUGAAGGAAGAAGGGGUGGAUAUAACGGCUAAUUCACUUCAUCCCGGGAUAAUAACCACCAACCUUUUCCGCCACCAUAACAUUGUGGAGGGUUUGAUUAGUGUAUUUGGUAGAGUGGGGAUGAAGAACAUUCCUCAGGGGGCGGCGACGACUUGUUAUGUUGCGAUGCAUCCUGAUGUGAAGGGAGUAAGUGGGAAGUACUUCGCGGACAGCAAUGUAGCUGAGACAACAGGCAAGCUGGCUAAAGAUGCAGACUUGGCUAAGAAACUCUGGGAGUUCAGCUUGAACUUGACUGAACCCAGGUCAGGUUAAGUGUAGUCGGUUAAAUAGUAUCGUGAAACUUUAUACUAUAUCGCUUGUUUUCGGAAAUAAUGUAACUGCCUGUGUGAUUUUAUUUGGAACAAAUCAUGGAUAUUUACAUUUUUAUUGUUGAAGAAUAAUUUUAUGGUAAUUGUUAUUAAAACUU